CUCUCCGCCUCCUCCGCCCCGUGGCCGCCAGUUCCGCUUCCGGGGCUUCCGGGGCGGGGCAGGAGUGGUCGGCUUUGAGGUACAGGGCGGCGGGCAGCCGUUUUUUUGAAUGGUACAAGUUUUUAUAAACGUUUGUGUGAAGCAAGAAGAGGAGAGAUGGCAACUACAAAACCAAAGAUGAGCAAGAACAAAGAUGAUGCUCCCCAUGAAUUGGAGAGCCAGUUUAUACUGAGACUGCCUCCGGAACAUGCUUCUACUGUGCGGAGGGCAGUCCAGUCUGGAAGUGUCAACUUGAAGGACAGGCUCACCAUUGAAUUGCAUGCAGAUGGCCGCCAUGGGAUUGUGCGAGUAGAUCGGGUCCCAUUAGCCGCCAGGCUGGUAGACUUGCCUUGUAUCACAGAGAGUUUAAAAACCAUCGAUAAGAAGACUUUCUAUAAGACAGCAGAUAUUUGCCAAAUGCUUGUGUGCACUGUGGAUGGUGAACUAUACCCUACUCAGGAAGAGCCAGCUCCGGCCACUACUGAUGUUAAAACUCCUUCAAGUACCGAUGUCAAAGCCAAUAAGAAGAAAGACAAAGACAGAGAGAAGAAGUUCCUCUGGAAUCAUGGCAUUACUCUCCCACUGAAGAAUGUGAGGAAGAGGCGGUUCAGGAAGACAGCUAAGAAGAAGGCCCAGUACAUUGAGUCUCCAGAUGUGGAAAAGGAAGUGAAGCGCCUGCUGAGCACAGAUGCUGAAGCUGUCGGAGUCCGCUGGGAGGUCAUUGCCGAAGAUGAAACAAAAGACCCUGACAACCAUGGUUCACUCACAAGCCUGGAUAUUUCUUCUCCUGGGAUGUCUGGACACAAACCAAGCCAUGGUUCUGCAGCGAUAGAACAUGCUGAGCUCCGGGAGAUGUUUAAGGAUGUCAGCAGUACCAGCAGUGAUGAGGAGGAGAGGGAUGACCUGAACAUCAUGGACACAGAAGAAGACUUAGCGAGGAGACUGCAGGGCAAGCUGAAUGAAUCAGAUGGGCGAGAGCAAGAAAAUGAAGGGUCCAACCAGAUAGCCAUGGGAAUCCAGAAGCAGAUCGACAACCUGAAAGGCAAGUUGCAGGAGACCCAGGAGCGCAGAAAGCGCCAAGAAGAUCUCAUCAUGAAAGUAGAGAACCUAGCCCUCAAGACCCGCCUCCAAGCUGUGCUGGAUGAAUUCAAACAGCAGGAAGAGCGAGAGAAGCAGCAGCUGGCCUCCCUUCAAGAGCAGCUAGAAGCCCUUAUGGAAAAGUGAGCCUGGCUUUGACAUGCCAAGCAGUACAUCUGUGAUGCCAACCGAAAAGCUCCACAGCCUUCCUUCCUUUUGUUUUGGGGCCCUUUUUAAUUCACCAGUGUUAGGCGGAUUUGGUUCCAUGACUAGGAAGCAGAUCACUCUCAGGUUUUGAUGUUUUAUUUUGAUUUAUUUUGAUGUUUUAUUUGCCCAAGUAACUGGUGUUUUGCCAGACAUGUGGACAGAAAAUACCAUCACUUGAGGGGAAGAUACUGGUUCCCUUGAGCAAGCACACAUGGUUGGUCUCCUGAUGAAGAUAGAAAAGUUUUGAUUACAGUCUUGGUCUUUAAAAUUUACCAUUACAAUUUGCUAGAGGCCACCCAGUGUGGCUGGGGCAACCCAGCCAUAUGUGCUGCAUAGAAAUAAUAUUGUUUAAGAGUAGGGUGAAAUUAUUUCUUUCCUGGAAGAGAGUUGUUAGGGCACAGUGCAGAAGCGACUUGUGAGAAGGAAAACAGCA